AUGCAACUACCUAUCUUGUCCACGCUUUUGGCCCUGCAUUUGGCAGUUGCCAAUGGAGCAUUGAGUAAACCGGCACUGUGGCCAAAUCUCGGCAAGUUUUCGCCAGAUCUAACCGCCGGCUUACCCAUGCCCGGGUACCAGGUUACCCAAUGGCCGGCAGGCACGAUUUCUCAGGGAUGCCUCUACAUAGCCGACAGAGAUGGCCAGGACCCUGCGUUCUUUCGUGCAUAUUCUGUCCUACUCAACGAUUCGUGGAACUUUUGCAUCCAAGAUGGCUCCAAGCAGUCCAUAGACGAUUUGGCGUUUGCCUUUGGCCAGGCUCCCAUACGGUUGCGACAAUAUACUUCCGAGGUCGUCAUGCAGUCGCAAGGUGGCGGUGCCAAUGCCCAGAACCAGAUCAUCACCUUAUACCAGCCGGCGACGGUCCAGUUGUUCCUUCAUGAAAUGUCGCAUUGCGCCGAUAGUGCUGGCGGUUAUAAAACUCCCUCUAGCUCUGCAAGCACUGCAUGGUCGAGCUCAUACGAUCUGGAUUCAGCGGUUCCAGACACGUAUGCUCAGACAAAUCAACAAGAGAACUUUGCGCAGUUUGGCGGCCUCAUUGUCUACGACCGACUCACUGGCGGCAAGCUCCGAGACGAGCCCAAUCUGUGGGAGAUUGGCCACCAGCUCAACACCAUGGUCGACGAGGGCGACAAUGGCCAGCACGGAGGCAGAAUGUAUGAUUUUGAUAGUGGCUUGAUCUGCUCGGGACGGUACGCCAACUCGCCACCAGUCACUAUGGGAUCAUUUGUACAAUCUGUGGACGACAAGUCGCAGCUUGACUUCAUUGCUAGUUUCGAUUUGGACAAGCAGGUUGCUUUCGGUUCUGCAAAUGGUAUCACUGUUGAGACGUUGAUUCCAGAGACGGGUGCGCCAACACAAUGUUUUGACGUUUGA